UAAAGAAAAGUCUGUACUUUGCUAAGAACUUAAAAAAACAACAACCGAUUGACUAGACACUGAAUCAGACCAGUGAAUUCUGUAUGGUAAAAGGUAUCUUAAUAAGUCAGUUGCUAAACAGGAGCAAGAAAUCUCAUAGUUUCUUUUUGAAAGGACUUUAAGAUUUCUAGAAUUGGUGCUGGGAAUCUUUCCUGGAUUUUUGUCUCCAGAUCUGGUAGAAAUUCUUGGACCUAACUGAGAGCUACAUUCUAGGAUAAUAAGUGAUGGGAGGCAAAGUAAGAAAUAAAGGGUAGGGACUUCCUCCUACUAAUUGUACCUUUAUGUCAACAAGCGCUCAGUUGUUUCUCUUUCGCUCCUCUGAGGUGGAGGUGGAGGCAGAUCCUGAUCGCUGUGCGGUGAGCUCCUUGGCAUAGUCAGGCUCUAUAGAUCUCCAUCAGCUCUAAGAGGCUCCUAGGCGCUGAGGACAAAUAUCUCUGUUUAUCCAAGAGAUCUGAAGAUAUUUGUCCAGAGAAGAAAUACGUGUUUGCUAUCAGUUUGGAGUUGACUUUCCUGGGAACUUGUUCACGAUUGGUUUGUAAUUGGAAGCAUUGUGUUCGGCUCAAGGUGUGCUUCGUCCUCUUGAGCCUCCUCUUCUGACGGUUGCCAGUUCCAGGAACAUGAUCCCAUGGAAGAAACUGUGUGGGCGCUAUCACUUGUGGGCCAUGGGCCUUUAUAUGCUUUUGGCCAUCCUUGCUCUGAAACUUUCUCUCAGAUUUAGGUGUGAUUUGGACUUCAGAGAAUUUCAAAGCCAGAGCUGCAAGGAUGUCUUGUACAACUCCCUGAAGCUCCCAGCAAAGCGUUCCAUCAACUGUUCAGCAAUUACUCGAGGGGACCAGGAGGCAGUGAUCCAAGCUGUUCUGAAUAAUCUGGAAAUCAAAAAGAAGCGGGCGCCUUUCACAGACGAGGACUACAUCGCUGGGACCAGAGACUGUGAGCUCUUUAAGACUGAAAGGAAAUUCAUACAGUUCCCACUGAGCCGAGAAGAGUUAAACUUCCCUAUUGCAUACUCGAUGGUGGUUCACGAGAAGAUUGAAAACUUUGAAAGGCUGCUGAGAGCUGUGUAUGCCCCUCAGAACGUAUACUGUGUUCAUGUGGAUCUCAAGUCUCCAGAAAGUUUCCAAAUGGCGGUUAGGGCCAUUGCUUCGUGCUUCCCGAACGUCUUCAUAGCCAGUAAGCUGGUUCCAGUGGUGUAUGCCUCCUGGUCCCGGGUACAAGCUGACCUGAACUGCAUGGAAGAUUUGCUCCAGAGCUCAGUGCCAUGGAGAUACUUCCUGAAUACAUGUGGGACAGACUUUCCUAUGAAGACCAAUGCUGAGAUGGUCCAGGCCCUGAAGCUUUUGAAUGGGAAGAACAGUAUGGAGUCAGAGGUGCCCCCCGAACACAAAAAAAUCCGCUGGAAAUACCACUAUCGGGUGACGAACAAGAUACACCAAACCAUGGAGAGGAAGGACCCUCCCCCUGAAAAUAUAACCAUUUUCUCUGGGAAUGCCUAUAUGGUGGCUUCUCGGGACUUUGUUCAACAUGUCUUAAAUAAUCCCAAAUCCCAACAACUGAGAGAAUGGGCCAAAGACACCUAUAGCCCCGAUGAGUUCCUCUGGGCCACCCUUCAGCGUGCCUCAUGGAUGCCCGGCUCAGUUCCCCUUCACCGCAAGUUUGAUAGCUCAGACAUGAAUGCCAUUGCCAGGCUGGUCAAGUGGCAGGGACACGAGGGGGAUAUCAACAAAGGGGCCCCUUACAAGCCUUGCUCUGGGACCUACCAGCGGACGAUCUGUAUUUAUGGGACUGGGGACCUGUAUUGGAUACUCCAAAACCAUCAUUUGUUGGCCAAUAAGUUUGACCCAAAGGUGGAUGAUAAUAUUCUCCAGUGUUUAGAAGAGUACCUACGUCAUAAGGCCAUCUAUGGGACUGAACUGUAAGACAUACUAUGGAGAGAUUGCUACCCCCUGUGGCAGGGACAUGCGCAGACAUUCCAGGAACUUCUGGGAUAGUGUGGGGGGUGGGAGACCAGGCUACUGGAAUCCAUGGCACUUAGGGUGAAAGGGGACUGCUCUUGGAGUGUGGGUAAGUAGGUCUGUUGCCUUAUAUA